AUGAACCCUUUUGAUGCGUGUCUCGAGUCAAUUAGUUCGUGGUUCCCGAGUUUAUUGGGCAGGGAUUACUCUGUGCUCUUUGCCUCCGAACAGAUUUUUCCUUACAAUGUACCAAUGAGGGAAUCCUCUUUAUGGUUGCAUCGAUUGAAUGGAGGCCUAACAGCAACAGCUCAACAACAACGACGCCAGUUAGGCUCUCCAACAACACCGAUGUGCCCUAGCAUUUUCAUCGAACUGAUACCUAAUGAUUCGGCUGCACGGAAACAUGUCUACUCUUUUGACCAAACCUGGGUAACUCAUCUUUACCAGAAGGUGACAUUCUUUCAGGAGGAGGCUCGUCAGAGGCAAUCAUCCAUCCUACCCGAAUCCGAGCGACCUGCUGUAUACUCAUCGGUCAAAUCUUGUGCUCUUGAUCAUGAUGCAGAAUGUGUCACUGAGAUAUUAGUUAGAGGGAUUUGCAGGAUACCCAACCUACAACAAAUAUACGUUGACCUCCUCCUCUCCGAGUACAAUCCUUUCAAGAUUGUCAAGGAUGGAAAGCUGGUGGCUUACCCAUGGGACAUGCCUCCUCCUUAUCCAACAAAUUCCGCAAUCCUCUCAUCUUCUGCUUCAGCUUAUGAUCCGUCGAAAUGUGGGCCUUUAGCUGAGUAUCUUGUAAAAUCCUGGAUGCCUCAAUAUCGAGGGUCGAAGAGAAAAACCUGCCAUGUUGAAACGGGUCCGAGUGAUGUAACUGAACAAUUUCUUUUAGGGUAUUGUAGGUCUCAUAACUUCCUGCUUCAAGAGGUAUGUCAACCACUAUGCUUGAACCUUCUGUCUGAGGUUAGCCCUGUCAAGAUUAAGGAUGGAAAUCUUGUGGCCAAUGCAACCUUAGAAGCACCACGUUUGGCAUUGGAGAACAUGAGCUUGCAGCCAGUAGGGGUGGCAACGGGGCGGGUUUUUGCUCUACCCGAACCCGCCCUGCUUUUACCCGCAGGUACAUUGAAUCCUAACCCGCCAUAUAAAUUAAAAAAUGAAAUUAAAUACAAUACAUACACUACUACAAAUAUAUUUAAAACUUUAAAUUAA